AUGCAUUCUCGCAGGAUUCUACAGCUGCCACUCCGGACGUAUGCAUCACGAUUGCACGUCACUCCCAGACUCCCUCUUGCGCCAAGGCUCGCAAUCCGAAACCUCAGCAAUGAUGCGGCAUCCCAGAACACCUCGGCCCAACCGUCGCGCUGGACGCGUCGACUAAUCUACGCCACGAUCUUUGGGGCUCUGGGAGUCAGUGUCGGAAAAUGGAUGGAUAAGAAGGUCGCUGCGCCUCCAGUUCCUGGAACACCCGAAGACAAGCUGCAGCUUCAAGACAUUCAGCACGUCUUCGACACUGGGCUCCCGAUAGUCCAAAGGCUGCGGGCAAAUCCCGAUUUUGUGGAAAUGGGCGUCUACGAGAACUAUUCGGAAGAGUACAAGACACAUCGACUGACUUCGGGUGCACUGGGUGGGAGCAGGGGCAUUGCGUUACAGCGAGCGUUUUGGAAUGAAAAGGAGCACCAACUGGUUAGCGUGGUAUUUCUGGGAGCUGGCAUCGAAGGGUGGCCAACCAUGGUGCACGGCGGCGCUCUUGGCACUAUAAUCGACGAGAAUCUCGGUCGCGCGGCCGUUCGCCAUUUCCCUGCACGGACAGGCAUGACGGCCAACCUCAAUAUCAACUAUCGCGCGCCGGUCUACUCGGAUAAAUUCUACUCGAUCCACUCGAGCUUGGAUCCGGAGCAGAGCACAGACCGCAAGGCGUAUGUCAGGUGCGAGGUACGCGAUAUGACCGGACGUCUCUGUGUCGAGGCCAAUGGACUCUUCGUUGUCCCGAAGAAGCUGAAGCUCGUGAGACUGGGCGACCAUUUCUGA